AUGUCUCAUUUUAUUCAUGUGUUCAUAGUUGUCGCCGCAUUGAUCUGGCAGCUGGACAUAGUGCAAAGCAACUGUGAUGUGUGCCAGGCCAACGAUGCUGCCUGCGUCAAUCAAACCUCAUAUAAAUUGUGCUUUGGCAAAAAUAUCCCGAAUAACGAUCAGAUAUUCACUUGCCCCGACGGCUUGGUCUGCACGGAUAAAGCACAAAUCUGUUUCCAGCGCUCCGAAGUGCCAGCCAGUUGUGGCGACAACGACAGCUGUGGCCUCUGCAACGAGAGCAAAACAUUUGCUUGCACCUCCCGCAACACAUUCUCCUUCUGCUUUGGCGCCACCAAACCCACCACUGUGAACGGCACCUGCCCCGCAGGACGCUUCUGCGAUGCUUCCGAUGUGAAUAUUUGCGUUUCGACAGCAACAGCUAACUCAAUCAUAUGUCAUUUGGAUAAAGUGCCGGAAUCAACUGGGUAA